AUGACAUUAACGGAUGAUCUUACAUUGGCACAACUUAUUUUAAGUCGCUAUGUCUUAAUCAUAUGUAGCAUAUUGGGUAUUAUUGGUUGUUUUCUUAAUUUUAUUAUAUUUUGUAAAAAAAAACUUCGUAAAAUUUCCUGUUCCGUUUAUUUUCAAGCAACAUCGGUUUUUAAUUUAUUAGUAAUUCUAAUUGGUAUUACACCGGUCAUCGCAGGUUCCUAUUUAGCAAAGGAUCCAGCCUCAUAUUUAUCAGCAUAUUGUAAAGCCAGAGCAUAUACAACCCAUGCCUUUUUGAUGAUGUCACGUUUCAGUGUUGCGUUAGGUUGCGUAGAUCGAUUUGCUCUAUGUUCACGUCAUGCUUAUAUUCGUCGUCUGAAUCAUCGUGGUAUAGCUAUUAUACUGGUGAUUAUAACAAUUAUUCUGUGGUUACUUAUACCAAUACAUGUCAUGGUUUAUACCAAUGUUCAAUCAAGUGGUAAAUGUGGAACCAGCGGUUCUUAUCAGAUCUUUUAUAGUUUUUAUGCAAUUAUUGUUACUUCUAUUCCAUUAUCAAUAAUGAUUAUAUUUUCGUUUUGGGCUAUUCGAAAUAUUCGACAGAGUCGUGCUCGUGUUGCUGCAACCGAUGAGCAUGUUAAUGGAAAUGAAAAUUCACGAAGGAAAAUGAAAAAAGAAGAUAUUCAAUUGAUGAUUAUAGUAAUAAGUGAAGCAAUUGUUUAUCUUCUAUCAACAAUAUGGUAUCCAAUAUAUACUGCUUAUACAACUAUUACAGCAAAUGUCUCAAAGACCUCAGAUCGUGUAGCUAUCGAAAAUUUUAUUCGUUAUUUAGUACUUAGUUUUUUGAUUUUUCUGAAUUCAUGUUCAAUAUUUUAUGUUCAUCUCUUAGCGUCGAAAACACUUCGUCAAGAAUGUAAACAAUUAUUGCUAUAUUUAUUUAAACACAAUCAAAUUAACGUCGAAUUACAAACCAACUCAUCAGCAAGGCCAGGUCACAGACAACGAGCGCCGGCUUUAUAUAUUCAUCCACCAACAAAUAUUUUUUCGAGUAAUAAACACUAG